AUGGAUAGGGAAAGCCCUGCCCGUGAUCGAGAUCGGGAUCACAACAACGGCGAUUAUUUUUAUUCGCUCCAUCACCCCUCUGGCUACGUGCUCGCCACUCCUGCUCAGGCCGGCAACGACCACGAGGACUCCAUCGCCAGCCCAGGUCAAGGUCCAAGUACACCCAACGUCGGACCCAACCUCAAUCUCAUCGGGUCGUCACCGUCGCCGCACCGUGCUCCUCUCCCGCCAGUGGCCUCUCCAUCUGCAUAUCCCUCAUGGCCCGGCAGUGCUGCUGCCAGCCAUUCUAUCGGAGGUAGCAGCAGCGGUGGUAGUGGUGGUACGGAAGCAGCCACAACAUCAAUCCUAGGCAGUACAGGCAUGAUGGGUGAAAGAGAAAGUAACAAUCUCAUGCGCCCACAGCGGCCUCUGGGGCCGGCCAGGACACCUUCAAACACUUACGCUCCUCCACGACGGCCUAAUCAGUUCGUCACCGCGCACUCAACCAGUCAGCUACCACUUUCUUCAAAGAGAACACCCCGCCGUGACCGUGAUCGUGACCCCAACGCACAGUACCAAGCCCAGGAGAAAGCCUAUGUACAGAGAGUACGGCAAGGGCUUUCAAACGAAUGGUUUAAUACCAAUAGCUCGAUGUCCGUUUCGUCUGCCGCCCUGGAUCUCGAGUCAGAUGUAGGAGACGAGUCACCGUCGUCCGAGCCACAGUUCGAUCAUGAUACCUUCGACCCAGAUCUGCGCCUAGCGCUAGAAGAGGAUGACCUGCAGCCCACGCUCGAGGACCUGCAGGAUCCCAGAGCACGCGAGAGACUGGAGUGGCAUUCCAUGCUAGCGUCGGUACUCAAGGGUGACGUUGUGAGGCAGGAGAAGCAGCGUCUCAUCGGUACCAUGGAGCAAAAAAGUAAGGAGGUCUUGGGCGAUGAGAUCUGGAUGGGCGUCCGGGCCCACGCGCUCGGGCGGCCUGUCGCAACACAGGCUAGAAUUAUCGAAGAGGAGAGAAAAAAUAUCGGUCCAAUGCUAGAAGACAUUAUCAACUUUAAGAUCAAGGGCCAGGCGGAGAUCGGGAAACCACCCUUGCAACAGGUUGAAGAUAUUGUUGAGAAGAUCGAAAAGGUAGAAAGCCUGUUCGCCUCUCGCCGACAACUCCAGCUUGCGAGCCCCCGCGCUGCAUCUGAAGAGUUCUACGAGUCUUGCGAUGCUAUCAUAUCAUGGCACAAUACUACCAAGCUUAUCAACACCCAGCUUUCCAUCCUGCAGAAAUGGGUAGGCAACGAAGAGCUUGACUUUACAAAACCCAUGGUCAACACCUCAUCAUAUGCUUCGGAAUUAUCUGACGAGGGAUCCUUCCUUGACCGCGUUAUGAAAGAAGAUGGCCUCAAGACACUACAGGGCGGCGACCAGAUGCUUGAUGGAGUCGGGAAAGUAAUCAAAAAGGCCAAAAACACUCUGAUCGAAAAUGCCGACUCCUUCGCCCAACGUCACUUACCCCCUUACAUUGAAGAGCUGCUCACCUUGAUCAAUUUUCCUUCCCGGCUCAUUCAAGAAGUCACUCGCGUCCGGCUCUCCUAUGCUAAAAAGAUGAAAGAUCCAGGCCAACAAUCCCCCAUCCUUCUCGACCAGAUGAUCGUCCAGUUCCAAAUACUUAUGAAAGUAGCUACUGAAAUCAAACUUCGAUACCUCAUUAUCUCCGACCCGGAGCCGGGCUGGGAUCUUCCUCCGUGCGUGGAUGAAAACUUCGACAUGGUUGUCUUGGAUGCGCUAAAAUACUACUUCAAACUGCUCAACUGGAAGCUAAGCGCGAACAAGAAUACCUUCAAGGAAGCAGAAAUAUUAGAACAGGAGUGGGAUUUUUCAAACCAGAUCGGACGGCAGCUCGAGGGUGGCGAUAUCGAGGUUGCUGAACAGUUCAGUACCCUAACCGCCAAAGCUCUACAGCGACUGAUGCUGCAUUUCGAGCGCGAGCUCCUUACCAAGCCACAGGGGGAUGCCGCGGAUAGCGAAAAACGGUACAAAACAAUUCUUGACUCCGUUCGAGUUCGACAACGAAAACUCUUCCGAUUCUCCCGUUUCCUUCGCCAGCGUUUCGAGAAUGCCACCGAGUUCAACUUGCGGAGCGAAAGUUUAGAGACCCUUACCGAAGCACUUUUGGCAUCGGGUCAUUUCUUAGUUAUCUCCACGGACUCUGUAGGCCAGAAGGGCGUAUGCCUGAUUGCUUCACCAUCCCUUUACGAUCGCCCAAAGGACAUCCAAGCUAUCUUAGGCACUUCAUUCCUCGCAGAAGAUGCCCCGGAGAACUUAUCUUACCCUUAUAUCCUCGUUAUCAGGCCAGACAAGCCCUUCCAGUGGUCUGGGAAACGUCUUGAGGUAAGCUUGCUAGAGCACCCUACCGAUGUACGCAUGGGCAAACUCCGGUUAGUCGCCGACGGUUCUCAAGAACGACUUCAAAAUGCUCGCCUCGCCCUAUCUAAGUUAACGGGCUUGGAAUUCGACGUGACUAUCGAACAACGUGCGAACCUAGGGCGUGUCAAUGUGGAGCUUAACAAGAUCAAGAAAACAGCAUUUAAACUGUCCAAUACCAUCAUCGACAGUGUUGAGAUUAUCAGAAGCCAAAGCACUGACAGACAAAACCUUGAGCUUAUACAGUCUUGUUUUGCCUUUGCUACAGAAUUCGGUAAACGAUCAUUGAUGUAUAUGGACCCUAACCGUCGGUCUAUGAACCAUGGAAAACUUGUCAAACUAGGUCUGGACUGGAUCUCUUUCAUCUGCGAUGACUGUGAUGCCGCAGAUCGCAAGACAUUUAAAUGGGCUGUGUCCGCUCUCGAGUUUGCAAUGAUUAUUACCCACGGUCAUGCUGUAAUUGCUUUGAAUGAUGAGGAGUAUGACCUACUUCGUGUUAAAGUCGCUGGUUGCAUGGCUUUGCUGAUUUCCCAUUUUGACAUCAUGGGCGCCAGAUCCACAUUGGCUGCCAAGGCGGAGAAGCAGCACUCAGACGCUGCCGGGAACUACAGGAACUUGGAUUGCAGUGGGAUUGCUAGCGACGAAGUGGCAUUAGCAAAGGUACAAGCUCAACGAUUGUUGCAUCUAUCGGAUAUAGAUGCUUUCAGGGCGGACGAGGAUGCCAAACGACAACCGCUUGGAAAGGUAUUGGAAGGUGUCAAUGAGGCCGAUCGUUCGCUUACGGUUCUCUCCUCAUCGGCUACAAACAUCAACUUACGCUGGCAGCAAGGCCAAUUCAUCGGCGGUGGAACAUCGGGAUCUGUCUACGCCGCUAUUGAUCUGGAUACCAGUUACCUAAUGGCCGUAAAGGAGAUUCGCCUCCAAGAACCAUCUGUCAUCCCCGGCGCUGCGCAACAGAUCAGAGAUGAGAUGGGUGUUCUUGAAGUUCUAGACCACCCCAACAUUGUCUCUUACCAUGGCAUCGAAGUCCACCGUGACAAAGUCUACAUUUUUAUGGAAUACUGUUCUGGCGGCUCUCUUGCCACCCUUCUCGAACACGGUCGCAUCGAAGAUGAAAUGGUUAUUAUGGUCUACGCCCUCCAAAUGCUCGAGGGCCUCGCCUACCUUCACCAAGCCGGCAUCGUCCAUCGCGACAUCAAACCUGCUAAUAUCCUUCUCGACCACAACGGUGUGAUCAAAUAUGUCGACUUCGGUGCUGCGAUGGUCAUCGCCAGGCAAGGCAAAACCCUAGCCGCAAUGGACCACUACAAGGACCCUGCCCUCGCCAACAAAGACCAGCGCAAGAAUCAGAAGUCCGUCACGGGCACGCCUAUGUACAUGUCGCCCGAACUUGUUAGAGGAGAAACAAGCCAUAGCUCCUCUCGCCACGGAUCAAUGGACAUCUGGUCCCUAGGCUGCGUCAUUCUCGAAAUGGCGACUGGCAUGCGUCCAUGGUCUGGCAUUGAUAACGAAUGGGCGAUAAUGUAUAAGAUCGCACAGGGCAACCAGCCUCACCUCCCUAGCAAGGGCGAACUAUCCGAACUGGGUAUCGACUUCAUCAGGCAAUGCUUCGAGCCAGAUCCAGCCAAACGACCAAGCGCCGUCGAGCUGCUGCAGCAUGAAUGGAUAGUUUGUAUUAGGAAGCAGGUCGUUGCCGAACCGCAAACGCCGAGCAGCGAAGGAAGCGCCUGGCCUGACCUGAUCCUUACCCACAGCUCCUUUCUCCCUUGA